UAUAUGGUCAAAUUGAAUUUGUAUAGAUAUAUAGAUGAAGAAAAAAAAUCAUCUACCAAUAUAAAAGUGUGUAUACGUGUGUACAGUACAAAAAAAGAAAAGAAUUACUUUUUUCAUGUUGGUGUGUUAAAAUUUUAUUUAUUGUGUUGACGAAGACUUAACCUGCUAUUUGCGGUAACCCAUACACACAGUGUUUUUCUCUCAUUCGUUACAUAUAAGUAUAUAUGUAUAUAAAUACGUACACACGCUGACGAACCGUACGCCAAACACACGGACACGCGGAGAGUGAGACAGAGAGAAUUAUUACAAAUACUAUACACAAAUAAAAACGUGUGCUUCAUAUAUACACCGAACACUGUACACUGUACAUAUAUCAUCAUCCACAAACACACCGAGUGAUAUUCACCUCUUAUACACACAAAUUAUACGGUCGAACAAAAAAAAAACGAAGCAGCAGAAAGAAGUGAAUUUACAGAAAAAAAGAAUAGAGUUUAAGUUUUUUCAACGAGAGUCGAGUUAAAGGACCUGUUUUUUCCUCGCAUGCAUACCAUGAACAAAAAAUACACAUCCGAAAGGCGUUUUGUUUAGUGUAUCAAUGGAAAUUUUGAAAAAUUGAAUAAAAGAAGAAUUUUUUUUAUUAAAAUUCAUUUUAAACGACUCGAUUAUAUACAUAUAUUUUUUUAAGUGUUGUAUCGAAACGACUGUGUGUGUGUGAUUAAGUUUAAAACUAAAAAAAAAAAAUUGUGAAUUUCAAAAUGGUUGGUGUUCCAAUGGGAUUUUUAGAUUUUGCUCCAGAACCACCUGCACCGACAGCAACACCAGUCAAAGUAACGGAAAGCGUUAAUCUUAAUUGUACGUCGACUAGCGAUGCCAGAGACUUGUCAAACUUAACGCCAAAUGGUGAUGUUCGAAUUAAAUUUGAAACGCUCCGUUCACUUGAUCCCGAAACUUUAGAAAUUGAUAAUCGUGCGGCGCCAGUGCAAUAUUCGAUGCAGCAACUCGAGCAUUAUCAACAGAUUACACAACAAUAUGCGCACCAUCCGCCGCCGCCAUCGUCUCAACAACAACAACAACAACAACAACAGCAGCAGCAGCAGCAGCAGCAGCAGCAGCAGCAGCAACAACAACAACAACAGCAGCAGCAACAGCAGCAAAUUCAAAAUCAUCAGGCUUACGCGCAACAUAUUCAACAUCAUAUAUCCCAUCCACAAGCUCAAUUAAUCAAAAUUGAGCCAGGCGUUGUGGUAAAACAGGAGCCCGAGCUAAAUAUCAAAGAAGAGCCACAUUCGCCGCAUAACAAUCUCAAUUCGAAUCAAGCACAGAAUCAGAUUCACAGCCAGCAAAUGCCUUCACAACCGUCGACGCCACAUCAACAACAACAACAACAGUCCCAAGCGAACAAUGCGACACCGAUGCAAAUCGAUCAUUUCCAACAAAUUUCCGCUCAAUCCCAUAACAAUCAUCAUCCAGUGCAAGUCCAACAAAUUCACAACCAGCAAAUGCCUUCACAGCCAUCGACACCGCAUCAGCCACAGUCGCAAGGUACUCACGAGAUCGACUUAAGUAUCGUGAAGCAAGAGACACGACCGAAGAAAAGCAAGAAAUCCAAGCAAGCGAAAAAUCAUCAAAUGGAUACUAGCGAGGACGCUGUCAAUAUGAAUGAAUCAUCGUCAGACCGUUCAUCGCCACAAUACACUAAUUUGACAUCACAAAAUGAAAAGAGCUCACAAAAUAGUCCAAAAACUUGGACACAAGAAGAUAUGGAUUCGGCAUUAGAAGCCCUGCGCAGCCAUAAUAUGAGCUUAACAAAGGCAUCCAUGACAUAUGGCAUUCCAUCGACCACACUUUGGCAACGUGCUCAUCGUCUUGGCAUUGAUACACCGAAAAAAGAUGGCCCAACCAAAUCGUGGAACGAAGACUCACUGAAUAGUGCAUUGAACGCUCUGCGCACCGGCCAAAUAUCGGCAAAUAAAGCAUCGAAAGCAUACGGCAUUCCAUCUUCGACUCUCUAUAAAAUUGCCCGUCGUGAGGGCAUUCGUUUGGCAGCACCAUUCAAUGCAGCGCCAACAACAUGGUCACCAGAAGAUUUAGAACGUGCACUGGAGGCAAUUCGUGGUGGCCACACAUCGGUGCAAAAAGCAAGCGCUGAAUUUGGCAUUCCAACUGGUACAUUGUACGGUCGUUGUAAACGUGAAGGCAUUGAAUUGUCACGUUCAAAUCCAACACCAUGGUCAGAGGAUAUUAUGCUGGAAGCAUUGGAAUCGGUUCGUUUGGGUCAAAUGUCUGUCAAUCAGGCAGCUAUUCAUUACAAUUUGCCGUAUAGUUCAUUAUAUGGACGCUUCAAACGCGGUAAAUUCGACACAAAUGGUUCGACUGAUGCAUUGAAUACGUCACAAAAUGAGCAACAGCAACAACAGCAGUCAAAUCAACAGGCUCAAGUUAAUCAACAGCAGCAGCAGCAACAACAACAACAUACACAACAGACAAUUCAGAAUCACCAAUCGGUUCCUGUUACCCAAACUACUCAAGCACAUCAUAUUACUACACAGCCACAUCAAGCGCAAGUGUCACAGGUGCAACAACAUCAACAGCCGCAAACUAUUCAGCUUGAUCACACACAACAACACCAUGUCAUCCAAUUACACCAACAUCAACAAAAGUAUCAGCCACCUCCACAGCCGAUCGCUAUCAAUACGUUCCAAUACAAUCCGGGUCCAAGCACAAAUCAGCUUCAGCUGAAUCCGCAUCUACAACAAAUUCAUCAUUUGCCUCAUAUGUUGACAUCGCAAUCGCCGUUGCUUAAUUUGAACUUGCAUCCGCAACAAAUCCAAAUUCAUCACAUUCAACAUCCGUUGAGCCGUCAGCAAAUGUAACAAUCAAUGAAACAACGUCGCUUCAAACGCAUCACCUAAUGUAUCUCCUUUUUGGCGCUGGGCGAAACCUAAUUGUUUUAUGUGUUUGUAGACCUUUUUUUGCUAACUGCUCAGACUCGUAGUAAGUAUGUACCCAAACAUAUAUUUAAAACAACACAGACACACAAACACAUUUGAUACACAAGACAAUUAUUAUAUCAUAAAUUUAGUGAUAUGUGAGAAAGGCAGGCAAAGAUAAAUGAGAAAAAAUCGUAAAUUAAAAUGAGAGAAUAAUAAUAAUUGCAGCAAUUGAAGAUACAAAAAAUUUAUAUAAUGACAAAAAUACAGGACCGUAGUGUUGACUAAUUGUUUCUCGUAAGGAAAUGUGAAGAAAAGAAAAAACAUAAAAUGAAAAUUGGUGCGAGCUUUUUAGAAAAAAGGAUCAUAUUUUUUUGAAUCGAUUAUUUUUCAUGGUUAUCAAUUGAUCUUGAUUGUACUACGUAUGUAAAUAAAAAAAUUCUAAUUUAAUACUCGAAUAACUGCA